GUCAAGCCCCUGCGCUGGGCCCAGCUCCCAGCGGAGGCGCGGGGCCAGAUUGCGGCGAUCCACCGUCGCGGGGGGCAGUCGCAGCGGCGCGCGCCCCAGGCCCUGCCGCGGCCGAUGGCACAAGUGGCUCGCGAAGAGCCGCCGACAGUCACCCGGAAGCUCGCCCGGGCCUUCGCGGCGCCGACGAGCUCCAUGGACAUGCUGCGCUGGGCGCGCGCGAGCUCGCCGAUGUGCGCAGCUGCGUUGGUGGCCCCGCAG